AUGACUCGCUCAAUGCUGCAUCGUCUCGAAGACCUCUGCAACGUCGAUGUCGACGACGCCGACACGGAGCUCAUCAAGAGCAUCCCCUUUACGCCGCACAACCCGGAUGAACCUCUGCUCAAGGACCUGGUUCGGCAGUAUGGCUCUCAGGGAUGGGAAAGAGUCUACGACCAAGCUGCAGUCCAUCUAACCGCCCGCAACAUCCCCUACCUCUCCGGCCGCGUCCUCAUCCAGACCUCCCUCCGGCACGUCUCCUCUUCCGCCGAUACCCUCGCCCACGCCCGCCGCCUCGCAGCCCUCUACGAAGAAGCCGGCGUCCCCCGCGACCGCUUCGCCAUCAAAAUUCCCUUUUCCGGCCCCGCGGCCGCCGCGGCGGCGGUCCUCAACCAGGAGGGCAUCCGGACGCUGGCCACGAGCGUGUUUUCCUUGGAGCAGGGCAUUGCGGCGAGUCAGAGCGGCUGUCUCUUUAUCAGUCCUUAUUAUAAUGAAAUUGCUGCGCAUUUGGAUCCUUCUCUGCGACUCACGUUGGAGGAUCCCGCUCUAGAGCACCCCAUGUCUCCCCGCGUAAUCCACAUCCUCGAGGCCUUUGCCAAAGCAUACCGCGAAACCGGCAAGGAACAGCCGAUCAUGGUCAUCGCAAGCCACUUCACCCCCGCCGAAAUCAUGGCCAUGGCCGAGCUCGGCUGCCCGCACGUCACCAUCCCCCCGCACCUCAUCCGCACCCUCCUCGACACGCCCGACACCCUCCCUCUGCCGACGACCAAGAAGCCCGCCAAGCUCAACUACGGCGAGUUCGCCACCGUGCAGCGCCUCACCAAGCUGUCCACCAUUGAUCCCUUUGCGCGUCCGGACUGGGACGGGAAGCUGGCCGAUAUGCAGACGGAUUACAUUGCGAAUGACGGCGAGAAGUUGGAUGAGGCGCUCAAGAACGAUCCGAUUGCGGGGAAGAGGCUGAAGGAUGCCGAGGUCUUCUUCAUCGAGAUGGAGAACAAGGCCAAGGAGGCCAUUGAGAAGGAGAUUGCUGCUCAGGGCCUGUAG